AUGAAGAUGGAAAUAGAACUACUUAAGCUGAGAGCUAAAACGAAUGAAGAAAAAGUAAAAACCAUAGACGAGGAACUCAACGAAGAAGAAGUCAUCAAACUAAUAGACGACAACAAUACUGAAACAUUAACAGCACUAUGGAAUGAAGAAUGUGAAAAAGAGGACGCAAUCCUAACAUCUGAAUUGAACAUGUGGCAUGUCUCUGCCAAGUUUGUCCCCCACCUGCUGACCACUGAGCAGAAAGUACAUAGUGUUGAAGACUGUCAAGAUCUCUGUCAACGUGCAUCUGAUGACCCAUCCUUCAUGUUAAAGAUCAGCACCAGUGAUGAGAGUUGGGUCUAUGGAUAUGACCCUGAGAUGAAGCAGCAGUUGACACAAUGGAAGAGCCUUUCAUCUCCAUGA